AUGUCACAAUCGUUGGAACAGCGGUUGCGCGAGAAUGCGCGGGCGUUUGACGGGCUGCUGUCGCUGAUUCCGGCGAAGCUGUACUACGAUGAGGACACGGCGGAGCAGUGGAAGGCGAAGCGGAAGACGCGGGACGAGGCGCGUGGAGACAGGGUCAAGAAGCUGGACCCGGACCUGCAGGAGGACGCGACCGCGCUAGAGGUCAUGGAGAAGAGGCAGCGCGAUGCGCUCCCCGUGAGGUUGCCGGGCGAGGCCGCAAAGCAGGCCGCUAAGAAGGCUGCAGAGGCAGAGGCAGAGGGAGAGACGGCGGAUAGCGCGGAGUCUGCCUCGGAGCACGAAGAAGCAAGGCAGAAUAUCAGCGUUGUCUUUGAUGACGAGGGGAAUGAGGUUGGGACCGAUGGACGCAGGGAGAGGAAGUCAGAGCCCGAGUCGGAGUCCCUGGAGAGUAAAGAAGCUACACCAGACGCCAAGCCAGCUGCUUCUGCCUCUGCAUCUGCCCAGUCGAAGCGGAACCUUGAAGAACUAAGGUCAAAGCUGCAAUCGAAGAUCCAACAGAUGAAGAACAAGAGGAGGGCACCCGGGUCUCAAGCAGAGGGGGCUCCAGCGUCAAGAGAACAGAUUCUGUCGCUUCGGAAACGUAAGGCAGAGCUUCGGAAACGCAAAAUAGAGGAGGUCGAGGACUCCGAUAGCGAGAGCGAGAAGUCCGACAGCGACGCUGACGGGGAUGCUCAGGGGGGAGUGGACACUACUGGGGUGAUGUUCCAGAACAUCAUGUUCAAUGACGGUGAGCGUGCGACUUCGGACUUACAGAAACUGAGGCGGAAGCUGGCCCGUAAGGGCAAGGGCCCCGCAAACAACGACAUCAGGGCACACCUCAAGCUGGUGGAGGAUCAGAAGGCGAAGCUCAAGGGGAAAGACGAGUUGGACCAGAUCAAGCAACUCGAGAAGUCGAAAUGGCAGAAGGCGAUGCUUCAGGCGGAGGGGAUCAAGUUGAAGGACGAUGAAAAGUUGCUGCGGAAAUCGCUGAAGCGGAAGGAGGCGAAGAAGCGGAAGUCCGCGCUCGAGUGGUCUGAGAGACAGCGUGCCGUGCAGCAGAACAAGAGUGACCGGGCACAACGUAGAGAGGAGAACCUGAAGAUAAGAAAGGAUAACAAAGGUGUGAAGAGGUCGAAGCAACAGAAGAUGAAGCGUAAAUUCAAGAGCACAGUGGCCCCGAAGAAACGUGCUGGGUUUGAGGGCCGUUUGAAGAGAAAGUGA